AUGAUCUUGGAGGAGAAGAUUAAACAGCGUCGUGUAAAAGUGUAUCAGCUGAGCCGAGAGAGCGAGUGGAUAGACAAGGGCACAGGCUUUUGCACUUGCUUAUGUAAUGAGACAAAGGAUGAUGCCUAUAUCGUCGUACAUUCAGAGGAGGAUUCGACAUCCGUAUUGUUACGUUCGCAAAUACUUAAAGACCAAGAAUAUCAGAAGCAGCAAGAUACUUUGGUGGUAUGGACCGAGCCCACUGGAAUGGAUUUGGCGUUGAGUUUUCAGGAAGCCGAAGGGUGCACGGAAAUAUGCGAUUUCAUAUCUGAAAUAAAGAAUCAUAUGAACCUGGAAAAUUCUGAAGAUAUAAGUUCUAGCCCAUUUGAUUCUGAAAUACAAAAUAUGACCAUCAAAUUACCAGAACCUACUUUGGCCAAUUUGCAAGACAUCGAGCUAAUGAUUAAAAAUGCGAGUCGGUCACUUAUCGAGAGAGAAAAACUGGCGUCGUUUAUCACCCAAGAUUAUAUUUCAAAACUAUUUCCUUUAUUUUCUACAUGCGAGGAUCUCGAGGAUCGAAAUGAUCUGCAUCGGUUGUGCUCUAUUAUGAAAGGAAUAAUCAUGUUACAAGACAGUGAAAUUUACGAAUUCAUCUUGCGCGACGAUGUGAUAAUGCAAGUUGUUGGAAUGCUGGAAUAUGAUCCCGAGUUUCCCAAUUACAAGGCCAACCACCGACAAUAUCUAUCCGACAACUCGAAAUUCAAAGAAAUUGUCAAAAUAAAAGACAAGGCGAUCGAGGCUAAAAUACACGAAACCUUCCGGCUUCAGUAUCUUAAGGAUGUCGUAUUUGCUCGAGUGUUCGAUGAUCCGACCAUUCUCUCUUCCCUCAUUUUCUUCAAUCACGUUGAUAUAUGUAAACACAUUUCGCAAGAUGACGAAUUUCUGGCUGAACUCUUCAACAUUCUUAACGAGGAAGGUGAGGAUUCAAAACGUAAGCGUGACGUUGUCAUGUUCGUUCAACAACUUUGUUCUAUCGCAAAGAACAUUCAUUUUCACAAUAGAAAAGAUUUAUACAAAUCGUUGGCAAAACAUGGAUUGUUUCAGAUCUUUGAGUAUUCCCUGGUGGAUGAGGAUCCAUCCGUGAGAACGACUGGUGGUGAAAUAUUAGCUUUUCUCUUGGACACCGAUGCUAGCAUAAUUCGUUCUUAUAUUGUCAAGCAGGUUGAUGAAGGAAAGAAGACUUUGGUCGAGAUCCUCAUAGAGAGAUUUAUCCAAGAUGAGGAUUUGGGUGUUAAAGCGCAGUAUGCCGAGGCAUUUCGUCUUUUAUUAGAUAUGAAUGCCGGGUUGUCGGAAAUAGGUUUCAUGGUCCCUCCCGAGUCAUUGUCAUUAAUUCCCAAACAAGACGAAGAUAUCGGCAAAUUUUUAGAUGUAUUCUACGACGAGCUUAUACCGAAAUUGGUAAAACCAAUAUUCGAUUUACCGGAACUCGAAAAGGACGACGACAUACUUGAUUUAUCACCUGACAAAGCUGCUUUAUGCUAUCACAUAUGCGAGCUCUUGUCAUUUAUUAUACGACAGCACACCUUUAGAAGCAAAUAUUUUGUAAUUUCCACAAAUGUAACUAUGAAGAUGUGUUCAUUAUUAAAAACUCGAGAAACCUACGUAAAAUUAGCUGCGUUGAGAUGUUUCCGCGCUUGUAUAGGAAUGAAAGAAGAAUUCUAUAACAGGCACUUGGUGAGAAACAAUCACCUGGAGCCUAUAAUACACUUGCUCGUAGGGACCAAUGGAAAAAAUAAUUUGCUAAAUUCGGCAUGUCUCGAAUUAUUCGAAUUCAUACGAAAGGAAAAUAUCAAGCCCCUGGUCAAUUCCAUCAUGGAAAAGUAUGGUGAUCAACUGAUAAAAAUUGAUUACGUCGAUACUUUCCGUCAACUUCAACUUCGUUACGAACAAAACAAAGAGGUCCUCGUUAAACCCGACAAGUCGCCCGGAGAGUCUAGCCAAAGUCAAAAUAAUACUCAGCAAAUGGGCCACGAAGGGUGGUCGUCGGGUGUGAUUGACGAAGACGAAGAGGCUUACUUUAACACGUCGGACGACGAAGAUAACGGUGUAUCCGUAGAAACUUCAAAAACUGACACGACUUCAGUUGAGGAGGAAACAAAGGAUGGAUUAAAGUCGGAGAGUGAUUCUUCGGGAGAAUCCAAAGAAGCGGACUCGGCGAAAGCUUCAAAUGCCGGUAAAGUGGGUUUGGUCGAUUAUCCGGAUGAAGAUUAUGACAACGAGGAUGUGAAAAAGGACACUACCGAGCCUAUGGCUCUUGAUAAGUCUAAGGCGUCUUCAUCACCUCCAUCGUCUCCACGACCAACAAAGACUCAUCAGGCUUCUGCUAGUGAGUCAUCUUUGCCGUCAAACGGGACCUCCACAAGGAAGGCCGGUUUAAAAAUCUUGAGAUCAUCCCAAACCUUAAGGCCGAAAUUAAAGAAGGCACGAAUGGAAUAG